CACCAACCCAUCCAGAGUACACCUACACGGACGGAAGACCCCCUAGCAGUCUACCGUUCCAUACCACUAAUCCCUGGUCUCUCAACAACCCUGAAACGCAUCAUUACACACAACAUUCCCCAUACCAUGGUCGCUACCAAAUCCAGACACACAAUCAAGCAGCUUCACAGCUCUGUGAAGGACCCUGUACCACACCUACAAAAACACAACGUGAUCUAUCAGAUACAAUGUCAGAACUGUGAGCAGUGCUACAUUGGGAUGACCACCAACAACCUGCGCCGGCGUAUGUACGGACACCAGUCCUACAUCAACGCCCUGGACAAGAAGCUGCUAGAAGGGUACCAAUACUCGGAUGUGGAGGUUCAACAGCUGCGGGAAAAGACCGCGUUGAUCGAACACUGCAUUCUACACCAGCACCGUUUCAAUCUGAAACAACCACACAUCAUCGACCAUAGCUACAAGACGUCCGCACUUCCCGUACUAGAGAUGUGCCACAUCACCACUACAUCCAACACGGUCAACCGCCGUACGGACACCGAUGGACUGAGCUGUGCAUACGCCAACUGCCUGUCCAUGGUCGGGUCCAGCAGGAGGAGACCUCCUAACACUAAUACUACCGCCAACCUGGCCCAGUCCCCCCUCACACCACUACACACUACCCCAACCCCACUGCCCAACCAAUAGUAUCAGUUUUCCCAAAUGUUUACACCCAAGUGCUCGUACGUUCGAUUUUUGCAUGCAUUAAGUGAUAAUUUGGCCUUUACCUGUACGAUCUUAAUGUUUGAACUGCAAACAACCGUUGUGCCCCCA